CGCCGCCGCCGGGGAGCCGGCCGCGCAGCCAGUGACCUUGGGGAAGUCGCUUCCCUCCUCGAGUCGAGUAGGCGUCUCAAGAGAUGCUUUUGAUCAGGAUAUUUGGAUUUGAACUGUAUUUUAGAAUUCAUCUACACUUAAAAUGCCCCCAGCAGUUGGAGGUCCAGUUGGAUACACCCCCCCAGAUGGAGGAUGGGGCUGGGCAGUGAUAGUUGGAGCUUUCAUUUCCAUUGGCUUCUCUUACGCAUUUGCCAAAUCUAUUACUGUGUUCUUCAAAGAAAUUGAAGAGAUAUUCAAUGCUACAAGUAGUGAAGUGUCUUGGAUAUCCUCUACUAUGCUGGCUGUCAUGUAUGCCGGAGGUCCCAUCAGCAGUGUCCUGGUGAAUAAAUACGGCAGUCGUCCCAUCAUGAUGGCUGGUGGAUGCUUGUCAGGCUGUGGCUUGAUUGCAGCUUCUUUCUGUAACACUGUACAGGGACUUUAUGUGUGUGUCGGAGUCAUUGGAGGCCUUGGGCUUGCCUUCAACUUGAAUCCUGCUCUGACCAUGAUUGGCAAGUAUUUCUACAAAAAACGACCACUGGCAAAUGGACUGGCUAUGGCAGGCAGCCCCGUGUUCCUCUCUACCCUGGCCCCCCUCAAUCAGGUUCUCUUUAAUGUCUUUGGCUGGAGAGGAAGCUUCCUCAUCCUUGGGGGCUUACUACUAAACUGCUGUGUAGCUGGAUCGUUGAUGCGACCAAUAGGGCCCCCGCCAAGCAGCGUGGGGAAAGAGAAGUCUAAACAGUCCUUUCCGGAAGCUGGAAAAUCUGAUGCACAUACAGAUCUAAUUGCAGGAAACCCCAAAGUAGAGAAACCAUCAGUCUUCCAAAAAAUUAAUAAAUUCCUGGACUUUUCCUUAUUCAAGCACAGAGGUUUUUUGCUGUACCUCUCUGGAAAUGUACUUAUGUUUUUUGGACUGUUUGCUCCUUUGGUCUUUCUUAGUAACUAUGGCAAGAGUCAACAUUUCCCUAGUGAGAAGGCUGCCUUCCUUCUUUCCAUUCUGGCUUUUGUUGACAUGGUAGCCAGACCUUCUAUGGGACUUUUAGCCAACACAAAGUGGGUAAGACCUCGAAUUCAGUACUACUUUGCUGCUUCUUGUGUUGCAAAUGGAGUGUGUCAUAUGCUAGUACCUUUCUCCACCACCUACGUUCAGUUCUGUGUCUAUGCUGGAUUCUUUGGAUUUGCAUUUGGAUGGCUCAGCUCAGUAUUGUUUGAAACACUGAUGGACCUUGUUGGAGCUCAGAGGUUCUCCAGCGCCGUGGGGUUGGUGACCAUUGUGGAAUGCUGUCCUGUCCUCCUGGGACCACCGGUUUUAGGUUAUCUCAAUGAUAAGUUUGGAAACUACAAGUACACCUACUGGGCAUGUGGCAUCAUCCUUAUUGUCGCGGGCAUUUAUCUCUUCAUUUGCAUGGGCAUCAAUUAUCGGCUUCUGGCAAAAGAACAGGAAGCAGAGAAGCAAAAAGAGGAGAAUAAAGAGGAGGAGAUCAGUAUAGAUAUUGUUGACAAACCAAAAGAAGUGAUUGAUGCAGCAGAAUCGCAAGAGCUGAAAAUCACAGAAGGAAGCCCCAAAGAAGAGGAGAAUCAAAUCUGAGCCAGGGGGCCAAAAAGUAAAUGGAGCAGCUUGUGACCCAAGAUAUCUAAAAUAUUCUGCAAGCCUGUAAUCCACCAUUGGUGCUCAAUGCAAAUGUGGACAUUUGUGUGGACAUCAUGGCAAGUGUUCAUUGAUGGGAUUUUUGUUUCACUCCUUCCCAGCAGCCUGAAUUAAACAUGACAUGUCCUUUUAGGGAGGGAAUGGUUGGCAAAGAAUGAGGGAAGGAAGUCUUUUUUUCUUUUCUUUUCUUUUCUUUUUUUUUUUUUUUUGGUUAAUUUUAGCUUUUAACAGUGUCAUGAAGAUUAUAAUAUGUGCCUUAAGUUUAGUCUUUAGAACUCUUUAGGGGAGCCUUAAUUUUUUAAACCAUUCUACUGAAUUCAUCUAUGUUAAGUGUUACAUUAAAAGGAAAGCUAACUUAUUUUGAGGCAAAUCUAAAAUUUAAAAUAAAUCUUGCUUCAUUGUUAUUUGUAAUAUAUUGUCAGGCAUUGUCACUGGAAGAUUUCUGAGCAGAAAUACUGGUUGAAAAUUGGGGGUUAUAAGACCCCACUAAAAGAUCUCUUUGCAUCAUCAAUAGUUGCCUGGCAUAUGGGCCUGCUAGCUAUGUAUUUAGGAAAUUUAAAUCAUAAAACUUUGGAAACUUCUUGGCCAUCCUAGACAUAUUGUACUUAUCAGCACAUCUCCAGUAUCUUUUCAUGGGAUGCUUAUUAGAAGCCAAGUGCUUGAGAAUUGAUAUCAUUAAAUUACUAAAUUACUGUUUUUGCUCCCCUUUUCAAAGAAACAUCUUAGAUGAUUAUAGAUCACUUAGUAUUAUUUUUUCACUGUUAAAGUUUGUAUUAAAAUGUACCAAACUAUAUAUUUGUGCCUCCUUAGAAAAUACAACAUAUCUAAUUAAAUGUAGACAGCUAUUUCAAAUAGCAGCUGGAGUCACCUAAGGUUUUUCCAAAUCCUCAGUAAAGCUAUGAGAGUUGGAACUUAUUGUUUGUUCUUCCUAGAAUUUUGCCCUUCGAUUUAUGAUGUUUCUCUUUAUUUCUGCAUCUAUCUUAGAGCUGAGAGUAUUGUGUGUGUGUGUGUGUGUGUGUGUGUGUGUGUGUGUGUGUGUGUGUUUUCCCCAAUGUUUGCUAAAGAGGGAUAUGACCAAUGAGGAUAAGAUUAGGAGGGAAGUUGCUAAGUAUGCUUAAUUUUAAUAAAUUUUUAUUUUUUCUGAGGCCUUAAAGAAGUUAGAAUUAUGGACAUAUCCUUACUCUCCAGAGUUACCUAAAAUUUUUGUGACCCUUUUCAAUUACUAAAAAGUAAAGAGAUGGAUUCUGUUAAGGAUAGGAGGGAGGAUGGACUAGAAUGAAAACUGUAAAUUUUUUUAACUAAUAUCUUUUAAUUGAAGCAGGAAGAUAAUGGUAAGACAUUGAAUGAACUAUAUAUAGUCAAUACAUUUUAAAAUAUUGUAAUUGACCUAACGAAAGUGUAGAUAGGUACAAAACCUUGUGUAAGAGGCUGACUUUUUUAAAUAAACAUUUUUUUAGAAAUGUUUCUUCAAAUGUUUAUUUUCUUGAGGAAAACAUUUGUGUCUUUAGUUUUCAUUAUCGAGUUUCAGUUUGUCCCUUGCUGAUAUGAAAUAAUUCAGCUUUUUGUGCUCUGGGAUUUGUUUAUAUACUUAUUUUAUUUUGAUUUUCUUCCAUUCUUCCUUAAGACAAACAGGAGAGGAAUUUUGAAACCACCUCUCUAAAAGUGUUAGAUACACCUCCAUGAAAGGGAGGUGCCAUUUUCCUUGCCCCCACUUACAUGCUGCUGCCCAAGGCUACAAGUCCCAUUAUGCCAUCAACUGGACUUCCUGAGUGGGGCAGCUACUGGUAACUAGGGGCAGAGCUGAGCAGCCAUGUUUGCCUCAUAAAAAGGAGGCAGGUGGGCCCAUCUCUCUUGUUUCUGCAGCCUGACUUGCAGCCUGGUACUACUGGGAAGGAGACUUGCAGGAGAGGCAUGGGGACCUGGAAGAUAUCUGUGGGUGAGACACAUGAGGGAGGCUGUUCUUGGCAGAGACAAUGGCAGCCAUUGUCUUGAUAUAUCUCCUGUCCCCACCUCUCUGGGACCUGCUUAACUAACCGCUUUCUUGUGAGAAGCCACAAGAAAGUACCUUAGACUCGUGACAGAAUUUCAGGCCUUGUCUGCCCUGUUUCAAGCCAACCCUCUAUGACUGGGCAUUUGCCCAUAUGAGGAUGGGUAAUUUGGGAAUUUUACUGGGAAACUAUCAUUAGAAGUGUCCUCUCUUUUCUCCCUUCUGUGCCUGUUAAUUCUAUUAAAUAUCUUUCACACUAAGAGUCUGCUUUUGCCUUUAUGCA